AUGGCUGAACUGAAAAUUAAACUGAACGAUGCUGACGACCACACGCGAGCUCAGGUUGCUUACAUCACAUUGGAUUACACGAAAAUGUUUUUAGACAAGUUACGCUUUGAACGAUUACGUUUGAGCGUGAAAACUUUGCGAGAAAACGUCAGCGAUCAUCAGCUGAGCAGCGAGGACAUGUUCGAUUUCGCCACAGACAUGGCAUCUAAAGUGGGAAUUAUAGAGAAAAAAAAGUGGGUGCGUAAUUUUAAAGAACUGCCGCUCCAGAAACAAUACGAAAUGAUGAAAACACUACAAGACACGUUUUACAACAGUCUACCAAAAGAAAGUUCCACUAAGAUAGAACCUUACAGAAAUAAUUUUUUUGAAGGAAACAUCAUCCACACUGACGUCUACUACAUUGCCUCUGCCAACAUCAGAAAGUACAUAUUGCCGUAUGUUAAAGGAUGGUUUUUGAACGAAACCUGCCCAAUCUGUCUGGAGAAUUUUCAGGAAGGCUCCUUCUUGCUCCAAUUUCCGUGUCAACAUUCCCUGCAUAGUUCCUGCUUUACUUCGUUAGAUGACUCACAAGACAACUGUCGGCAUCUUAAAUGUCCGCUGUGCCGAAAUGAAUUUUGGAUUUAUGUGACGAGAGAAAUAGACGUGGUGAAAAAGUCGAAUGUAGGUGGACGUCUCACUAUGGAUAUCUAUCUAAAAACAACUGCUGCCACCAAACAAAUGGAUGAAAUGCUGCCUAGAGAAAUAUUGGCCCGCCCUGUUUUUAUCGGAAAUGUUUGA